UGGAUAGAAUAGUUCGUGGAUUUCCCACCUCCAGUUGCACUGAGUCUAUUUUAUCGUCCAAAACAUGUUGAUAUAGAUUAUAGAAGAAUAGAUUUGAGAAAAGUGAGGAGAAUUUUUAAACUUCUACUUACGAGAGGCAGCAUUUGACAAGACACACCGAAAACAAAAUGUCUCGACAAAAAGACAGUAAAUCGAGGGGAGAAAAGGGGGCGAGUAGAGGUGGCGGCGGGGCACAAUCCGUGUCUAUCCCAGCUGUCAGUAAUGAUAUCAUACCUGGACGAAUGACAGUAGCAGAUUGGAAUAAAAUUUCCGGUGUUGAAGAUGACGAUGAGUUUGUUUCACAAAUUGUUGAGGAAAUUUUGGAUAUUACAAUGGACAAAUGCUAUGAUAAAUAUGUGUGGAAGCAGGUGUUACCAUACACUGUGUUCAAAGCCAAAGAUGAUCUUCUAGAUAUCAUUGAAUGGAGAUUUCUCAGUCAUGAUGUUGGUGAACUUGAUGUCAAAGUAAAUCAUGGAUGGGCUGAAGAUAAUGAACCAGAGCCAGGAAUUAUAGACUCGUGGGCACAAGGAUCUGUGCCAAUUAUUUUCACAAAAUCUCCUGAAUUUGAAAUGCCACCUUUGUUAGAAGAAAUAUUGGAAAAACCAGAUGAAGAAGUUCGAACACUUGAUGAUUCUGGAACUGAAACAAUAUCACUAGGAACAGGACUCAGUACUCAUGAAACAGAAAAAGAAACAAAGCCAGUUAUUGAAGAAAAAGAAAAAGAGGUUGAGAAACCAGUAGAAAAACCUGUUAAAAAGAAAUUCACAUACAAGAAACAUGUUGGUAGAUUACCUUCUGCUCAUCUUGGAGAGAUGGAAAGGACUUUGGACCAGAGUGAAAGUGACUUAUUUGCAAGGGAAUUAUCGGAUCUUGAUUUACCCAAAGAACCCGGUGCACAUCUAUCUCCAUCUCAAAAAUCAUUACUCAAACUGCAAGCAGGUCGUCCACCUGGUAAUAAAGAAGUUACAUUUGAUGAGAAAGGAAAUGUUGUGGCUGUUAUGAGACUAGACACAAAAAGUCUUCCAACCCAUAAGGUGAGAGUUAACUACAGCAUUAUAGAUCCAGAGGCUGAAGCAGCAGCACAAAGACUUGAAGCAAUGCGAACAGGAAAGCUAAGAUCACUAGCGAAGAUUCAAUGGAAACCUAGAGCAAGAAGAACAAGACUUUCACCAAGUCGAGUGCCAAUGGAAGAAAAACAAACAGUAGAAGAACAACCUAAAAACUUACUUCCUGCUCCUCCUUCUCCACGAAGAAAUAUACCGACAGGGAAAACACGAAUGACAGCACAAAGCACCCAAAGAAGUUUUGCUCACAGUCGUCACCAACCAGCAUUUAGAAGAAAAGAUGAAGAUCCAAAUGUUGAACCUCUACCCCCAUCGUUAAUUGAAAGUAUCGAUGCUUCACCAGGAGUAGUGAUUACGGAGGGUGACCAAACCAAAAAGGGGGCGGAAUCACGCACCCUGGGACCACUACGACAAGCACCGGUUCUACGGGAUGAUGGAACUAUUAUAGGAAACGUGAUGAUCACUACGAAAGGUGGCAGAACUUUAAGACUGCUUGGUGCUGCUUCUGGUCCACCAUCUAGCAGUGGAAAAAGCGAUAUUGGAAUUCGUCCUCUAUUGAGUCCUUCACAUGUUUUGAGUCGCCACACACCCCAUGUCACUUCCCCAUUUUCUGUAACCCAACCAAUUCCUCCCCUAAGCUCAAAUUCUGUAACCAGUUCAUAAUUUUUUAAGGGCUAGUUCUUUAUGUUUUGCUCUUGUUAACAAGUAUUAUAUUGAACCACUGUAUUCAAAAGUUGCGUAUAUACAUUUGAUAAAACUCA